GUCCACGUUGGCAUAUCGCCACUACUACAGUAGAUGGCAAUAAUACGCAGAGGCACAUUAUAGUUAGCACGCUAGAAGAAGACAUGGACCUAGCUAGCCUGUGGACUCUAAUCUGCAUUGUUGUAUGAAUAAUUGAAAGACAACUUGGAAUGUGUUCUUGAGAUAUCCUUUGAAACAUUCAUAAUGAUGCUCCAGCUAUUGGUAGAUCGGAUUUGGCCGGAUUCGCGUUAGCGCCGUAAUAUCUUCUUGUCUUUGUUCAAUACUUUUAAACGCAACAUAGCUGAUAAGGCUUGUUGUUUACUUCUAGUAACUUGUCACUGUUGCUCUGGCUAGCAAACUAGGCCACCUAAUUGACAACACAACUUGCUAACCGACCAGUUAACCUUGUGCGUUGUAGAUACAUCAGAUCAUUUUGUUUUGUGUGUAGUGUGCAGGGGAGAGAUGGGCACCCAGGGCAGCCGGUUACAUACCUCCUCCCAGGAUCCUGAGGAAGCAGUUGAGACUACAUGUGCCAGUGGCAAGCAUGGAUGUGAAUGCAGAAAGAGGAAACGGACUGCACACUGCGACUGCGACAGUGAGCCUGAUGAAGAAGACGCCUUAUUGGACACACCACGGAGGAAGAAGCUGAAAAGCACAUCUAAGUACAUCUAUCAGACCUUGUUCCUGAACGGGGAGAACAGUGACAUCCGUAUCUGUGCCCUGGGGCAGGAGUGGAACCUGCACAAAGUGUACCUGUGCCAGUCAGGGUAUUUCUCCAGCAUGUUCAACGGCUCCUGGAAGGAGUCCAACAUGAUGGUCAUUCCAUUAGAGAUCCCAGACCAGAACAUCGACACAGAGGCUCUGCAGGUAGUGUUUGGAUCUCUGUACCGGGAUGAUGUUCUGAUCAAGCCCAGCAGGGUCGUCAGUAUCCUAGCAGCAGCUUGUAUGCUCCAACUGGAUGGUCUGAUCCAGCAGUGUGGUGAAACCAUGAAGGAGAACGUUGGUGUCAAAACUGUGUAUGUCUACUACUCCUCUGCCAGCAUCUACGGCCUUGACUCUGUCAUGAAGAAGUGUCUAGAAUGGCUCCUCAAUAACCUCAUGACCCAUCAGAAUGUUGACCUCAUGAAGGAGCUGGGAGUGGAUGUGAUCGAACUGCUGAUCCAGUCGUCUGACCUAUUCGUCAUGCAGGUGGAGAUGGACGUCUACACCGCUCUGAAAAAGUGGAUGUUCCUGCAGCUCAAUCCAUCCUGGGACGGUCCCAUCAAGCAGCUGCUGGCUGAUGCCGACGCCUGGCUUUGCAAACGCAGGACUGAGAUGGGAGAGGAGGAGCCCUUUUUAAAAGCAGAGGACGGCGCCCCCUUUACUCCUGUCUUUAGACAUGUGCGCCUUCAAUACAUCAUCAAUGACUUGGCUUCCGCACGUAUCCUGGAGAGAGACAACAUUCUCCCACCCGAUUGGCUGACCUCCGUGUACAAGAGCCAGUGGUUUGCCAUGCUACGGACAGAGCACGACAAUGACAAUGGCCCACAGGAUGCCAACAAGGAGGAGUUUGAGUCAAGUAGUAUGCGAUGUGGCAGGAAACUGACCAAAGAUGGUGAUUACUGUUGGCGUUGGACAGGCUUCAACUUUGGCUUUGACCUGCUGGUGACCUACACCAACCGCUUCAUAGUGUUCAAGAGGAAUACACUGAGCCAGCCAUGUGGGGGAGCUGUGAGUAUGCAGCCUCGGAGGCAUCUAGCAUACCGGUUACGCCUGGCUUCCUUUGAUAACAGUGGUAAGCUGGUGUGUAGUCGAUCCACUGGUUACCAGCUACUCACCCUGGAGAAAGACCAGGAGUAUGUGGUGAUGAACCUGGACAGUCGGCUGUUGUCCUUCCCCCUCUACGUGUGCUGUAACUUCCAGUACACAUCUCCUCAUAUGGACCGCUGUCCUGAUUCCCCUGAACCAGAGAGCAGCGCUCAUAGUGUAUCCUGAUGCCAGCUCCACACCCUCAGCCCAGUUCCCUUACCACUCCCCUUUAUAAUAUAGGCUAAUCCUAUCCUUGCCCCACACCCGCAUCUUCCAUGGCCCCUCUCUGACAUCCUGGCCUCAAGCUUGUGGCCCACAGCUUCUACCCCCCCAAACACAACCCUGGCAUCUGCAUGCUCUAUAGCUCAGUCUAGUGUGUUUUGGGAUACGUUGUUAGUUUAAAAAAUAUAUUUUUAAUUCUUUGGCUUUCAUUUUAUAAUAUUUUUUUAUAACAUUCAUACAUUUUUUGUAUUAUUUAUUUAACAUUUUUUUAAAGAAAAAGUGAAGAAGAAAAAAAAAACUUAACCUGCCAAUAAAUUGUCCACACCAGUGGGCUGUGGUGCUAUCA